AUGGGAUGUAGUUUCCCAGUUGUAAAAAUGGCUAAAUGGGGCGAAGGAGAUCCUCGUUGGAUUGUUGAAGAACGACCAGAUGCUACCAACGUAAACAAUUGGCAUUGGAAAGAGUCAAAUGCUACUGGAUGGUCAAAAGAUAAACUCAAUGAAUUGUUUCUACUUUUUGAGAUUUCCGAUGGAAAUUUGACGAGCACAAUUAUCGAGUUUGAAAAACUUCAAGGAGAAGCAAUAGCAAACAACCGCAAAGGUAAACUCAUAUAUUUCUACGAAUGGGAUCUCGUGCUUAAAUGGCAAGGAAGAAUUCUCAAUGACGAGUCUAAAACUAAGAUCGAUGGAAAAAUUACAAUUCCAAACCUCAGCGAGGAAAAUGAGUUGGACGAAAUUGACAUUACAGUCACUGUUGACGAAUCUAAUGACAAGUCAGAACUCCUUAAGCAAUUCAUGUAUAAUGUUGGAAGGACGAAAAUAAGAGAACAGCUUGGCAAGUACAUCGUAAGCCUCAAGAAUGAUUACGCUAAAAACUUAAUCUUACCUAAAAAAGAGGAAGUUCAGGUUCAUAAUAAACCAACGACUACUGUAAAUCAUACAGCUACCAAUAAAGCUGUAAUUAAUAAUUCAUCAAGUGCCCCAUCGAAACCUGCAACCGACAGCAAAAGUGUGGGCGUUAAAAUCGACUGCAAGACGCUCAUCUUCGAAGAAAAAUUCCAAUGUAAGGCUAAUGAGUUAUUCGAUUGCUUCAGUAAAAUCGAGUUAAUGACUGCAUUUACUCGUGGCGACGUUAAAUUGGAUUUCACCAAGAACGGAGAGUUUGUACUUUUUGGUGGCAACAUAAGUGGCAAAUUCACCGAAAUUAUUCCAUGUCAAAAAAUUGCACAGACUUGGCGAUACAAGCAAUGGCCAACUGGUCACUUCUCGAAUGUUGUGAUGGAGUUUGAAGAGAAAGACGACCACACAUUGCUGAAAUUGAAACAAACUCUUGUACCAUCUAACGAAUACGAUUCAACUAAUCAGAAUUGGCAACGUUACUACUUCGAAAUUGUUUUAGCAAUUCCAUUUUAUUUGAUUGCCAAUGGAAGGAUUGCAGUGUGUCAAAAUAAUGCGGAAAAAGCUUUAGAAGAGCCAACAUUUUGUCUAACGGGGACAAUUGCGUUACCACCUCCCAACCCGGUUAUCUGUUUCAAUCAAAACGAAAUAUUUGCUUGCGCUUUUGGAGAAGCAAGAUGUGAUGGUUUAGGAUAUUGUGGGACACCGCCAUAUGCUGGUGCAGGAAUGGUUACAAACGCAAUGCCAAUGAAAAUCUUUGUUAACAUCAUGAUACCAAACAACGGACCAAACGUAUUUUUAAACAUCGAUGAACUAUUUAUUCAAAUGGCAUUAGACGGAAUGGAUGACGUACUUUUCCCACGUUUUAGAGAAAUUAGAAGCCGAGCACAAAGAAUAAAAUAUAUUGAAAAACUUUUAAUUCAUCACAAUCUGAUAGGCGAUAAAAAGAAUUUUACAUAUGACAAGUCAAGUCCAAAAGCAAUCGCAAUAGCAGAAAUAUCUAGAGAAUGCGGCAAUAGAAAUUUCAAAAGGAAAGAUUAUUGGGAAGCAGUCAAAUGGUAUAACCAAUGUUUAGGUUUUGCUUACCUAGGAAGCAAACAAGAAGCUGAUGCAUAUGCAAGUCGUGCAGAAGUUUGCUUCGAACUGAGAUUUUUAGGAGAAUGUUUGAAGAACAUUGAAUGGGCAGAAGCAUGUAAUGUGACAAAAGAAAAAUUAGCAGCGUUGGAGAAACGCAAGAAGCUUGUACUUGAAAUGAUUGCAAAUGGUGAAGGUUUUAAUAACCCAAUGUAUGCAAUUGGUCACCAAUUUUUAGGAUUAAAUAUGGAUACAAGUGAAAACUAUCCUAUGGCUGAUUGUUUCGAAGUUAAAACUGACAAAGCAUUUGGACGUCACGUCAUAACAAACAAAAAACUUAGAGUUGGUGAUAUUUUCUGUAUCGACGAACCAUUUUCAAAAAUUCUCUUUGCUGAAUAUGGAUGUGAAUUCUGUGCAUAUUGUCUUAGUAAUAAUGCAUUAGAUUUAAUACCUUGUAAAAUUUGUACACAUGUCAUGUUUUGUUCUGAUCAAGGAUCAAAAAGUUGUGCCAAAAUGGGAUAUGAGAAAUUCCACAAAUACGAAUGUGGACUGAUUACAGGUUUACAUAAUACAGGAGAAAUCGAAUGGAGAGCUGCUUUUAAUACAUUUCUCGAAGGAUUUUACGCAUGCAAUCAAAAUUUAAGAGAAUUUAAAAGAGUUGCUGCUGAAAAUUGUGAUUCGAAGAAGACAAUUUUCGAUUUUGAUGAUUUGUCGGACAGGAGAAACUUAUUCAGAAUAAUCGAUGCAAUUCCCAAAACGAAAAAAGGAAAUACAUUUGACGAUUUUAAAAUUUGUGCAAAAACUGCAAUCAUCACACAUCUUUUCAUGAAACAUUCACCAUUGAAGGAAGUUUUGAAAAGUGAAGAUGACCAGGAAUUCUUCCGAUUAUGCAUUUAUAAGUAUAGUCAACAAUGUGGAUAUUCCAGAGUUAGUCACAGUUCUCUAAAAGGUGAUGAAUUAAAUUUCCUACCCUAUCAUGCCAUAGGAACUUAUCCGUUCUUCUCUUUGGUCAACCACAGUUGUGCAGCAAAUAUCAUACGUGUUAAUUAUGGAUCAAAAUCGAUAGGAGUUGCCAUACGUCCAAUUCAACCUGGUGAACAAAUUUUCUUGAACUAUCAAGUUAAUCAUGAUCUUUACGACUAUGCAUAUCGGCGAAACUUUUUAAUGAAGAAUUUCUCGUUUAUAUGUAAAUGUGAAGCUUGUACAUUUAAUUAUGGACAGAGUAGAGAUCUAUCAUUAGUAGAUAUGAGGUUAACGAAUUCAAUUUUAUAUUCGGAUCGACCACAUUUGAUAAAAGCAAGUUUUGAUCUAGCAAAAUCGAAAUAUCGCCAUUACUUCAAAAUAUUGCAAAUGAUUGACAAUGAAUAUCCAACACUUGACAUUAGUUGUGUUAGGGAGUGUGUGAGAACUGCUUCAUGUGGAGUUUAUUUAAAUGAAAUGAAAACAAAUUAUAUCGUCCCUGCUCUUGAAUACUUCUCUCAAGGAAUGGAAGAUAUCUACUCUCCAUCAAAUAAGUCUGCUGGUAGUCUUUUUGGCAUUGUCUCUUUUAAAACGUCUCAAUGCAUUCCAAACAACACUUGCAACACUUUCGGCCCUUUCAUCAGUCCUCAAAAGUUCCUUAAAACAAUUGAUAAUCUUGAUCUUACAGGUGGAAAAAGUGAAUGCAAUGCAAACAUGGCUGAAGGCUUAGCUACUGCUUUAGUUUGCUUCCAAGAUUUAGAAAAAUUACGUGAUAAAGAAAUAACAACAAACAAACAUUGCAUUUUGAUCAGUAACAGCUCUCCAUACUCAAUGCCUGUGACGGAAUGUUAUGAAUACGAAGGAAAGACUGUCGAACAACUCGCAGCGAUAUUCAUGGAGAAGAACAUCAACCUUUCAAUUAUUUCGCCCCGAAAGAUUCCUGUGUUGUUUGAGAUAUUCGAGAAAUCUGGUGGAGAUUUAGUUCUGACAACAUCAAAGAAUUACAGCAAAGAUCCACGACAUUUGGUUCUUUUGAAAGGAUUCUCAUUGAAGGAACGUCCAGCAAGUCCAAAUGUUAAUCAAUCUGGUCAACCAAACCAACUUCCACCCUCUCAACCUGUUGCGAAUCCUCAACCUACAACAAUCAUACAAAAUAAUGAUGCAAACAUCCAUGCAGCCCAAAUAAAUGUAAAUAAUCCAGGAAUUCGUCAAAUGAAUCCAAACAUUCGUCAAAAUACUGCUCCGAUCAUGCAAGCUCCAAAUCAACAACAACAACAACAACCAAUUCCUGGACAAAUGGUUAACGCGAUUCCCCCACAAUUUGUUGGUGCGCAACAAAACAUGGGAAAUUUCCAACAACGACCUACAAAUCAACAACAACAGCAGCCGCAACCACAUCCAAGAUGGAUUGCACCGAAUCAAUCUCGUCAACCUUUUAUGCCAACACAAGGCAACAUGUCUGGAAAUAACAUUAUGGGUGGUGCCAACAUAGCACCGAAUAAUAUGAUGCAACAAACUCAAGGAAAUCAGAAUCAACCGCAACAAAACUCAGCUUUGAUCUCACAAUUAACACAACCAUCAAACAUUGCAAUGACACCACAACAGCAAGCCAUGGCUCGAAUGGCAGCGAUGCAAAAUCAACAACAAAACCAACAAAUGAUGCAAAAUCAACUUGGAAAUAACAACAUGAAUAUGGUUCCCAAUCAAUUGCAAAAUAAUCCACAAAUGAUGCCGACAAAUCAACAAGCUAUGCAAGGCAUUCCAGGUAGUGGACUUGUUCAGCAAAAUCCUUCAGUUUCUCAACAAAGUGGACAACAAAUAAUUCAAUGUGAGAUUUCUGCGAGAGUUUCGAAAGAGACAAAUGAAGUUGAAGUGCGUGGUGAUACUUGGCCACCACGUUUAAUAAUGCAGUUAAUGCCACGAGCCGUUAUUACCAAUGUUGGUGGUCAUUUAUUGAGGGAUGCAAAAAUUGUCAAUUUUCACUGGGGACAACCAUCAGAAGCCUUUGAAGCUUUAUCGAAAGUUAUGGCGAACGGAUUUGCUGGUUGCGUUCAUUUCAUGCCAUCACAAUGUGACGUUAAGAUUCUCAUUUUGCUUUACAUGCCAGAAAAGAAAUCUUAUUAUGGUUUCAUUCCAAAUGAUCAAAAUGGAUAUGUUGACAAGCUUCGUCGUGUUAUUCAACAAUCAAAGACGACUCAAUUUGGACAAACUCCGGGACCGCCAAAUCCUCAACAAGUUGGACCUCGUGGGCAAAUUAUGGGAAUGAAUCCGAUUGUACAACAGAAUGUGAUGAAUCAACAAGUUGGUCAACAGAAUAUGGGAAAUGUUGGGAAUAUGCAAGGUCAAGGUGAUCAAAGUAUGAUGUUUAAUCAGCAAAUGCAGCAAAUGCAACCUAACAUGGUUUCAAAUCAACCAAUGAAUCCGAAUCAACAGCGCAUGACCCGACCUCAAAACAUCAUGCAAAAUAAUUUACGACAUUUACUGCAACAGCAACAGAAUCAAUUUCGACCACAAAUGGGUCAACAACAGCAACAGCAGCAGCAACAACAACAGCCGAAUCAACAAAUGCAUGGUGGAAUGGAUCCAAAUUUUGAUAUGUUUUAAAUUACACUUUAAUUAAAAUAAUU